GGUCUUACCUGCGCGAUCGCCUGCCUCAGAGAAGGCCUACAGGUAACGAUGGUGGAGCAAGCGAGUGAAUUAGGAGAGGUAAGACGACAGAAUAAAAAGAAGAGAAUUCAAAUGCCGCCUAACGCGGUGCGAGUGAUGGAUGAUUUCGGUUUGGUCGAAGAACUUGAAAAAGCCGGCGCAGUCAACAUCUCCGGUCACUGCCUCCUCAAGUACAGCAAUGGAAAUUCUAUUGCCAAGCGUCCUGGCCAUGUGUGGCAACGGAAGCACUUUGGCCAAGCGUGGUAUGUGAUUCACCGCGCGGACUACCAUCGUGUCUUGCGUGAGGAAGCCACUAGACUGGGUGCGACGAUACGCCUCGCGUCGGAAGUUAUUUCAGCCGAUUCGAAGACCACUUCGGUACUACUCGCUUCUCAGGAGAGGUUGUAUGCGGACAUCAUUAUUGGUGCGGAUGGGCUGCGGUCGGUGGUCCGUGAUGAGGUUCUUGGCUACCAUGUUGGUCCCAGUGAUACGGGGGAUUUAGCUUAUCGAGCAACAUUUCCCAAAGAGCGGGUAGAGGCGUUGGAUGAGUCCUUGAUUGAGCCUUCGCUCCGAUGCUGGUUGGGACCUUAUCAGCAUGCGGUCUUGUAUCCGGUGCGCGGCGGUGCUACGUACAACCUUGUCCUAGUGUGUCCUGAUGACCUACCACCGGGCGUGGCUACAGAGGAGGGAAAUACUCAAGAAAUGCGGAAUCUAUUCAAAGGAUGGGAUCCAAGGCAAGAAUACUACGAGCAUGACUUCAAUACUACAAUUGAGCUAACGAUACUUGAUAGACUAACAAAGAUGAUCGCACAAGUCGACAAUGCGCUCAAAUGGAAGAUUUGCCACAUGAAAGAGUUAGAUACCUGGUGCAGGUACCUAAUGCAAAUACAGGGAUCGAUUGCUCUUCUAGGAGAUGCAUGCCACCCUACCCUACCAUACCAAGCCCAAGGUGCCGCAAUGGCUGUCGAAGAUGGAGCUGCUCUAGGCGUCCUUUUGGGGAAACUCUCACGAAGCGACCUACCUGCUUCUAAGAUUCCUGACGUCCUGCAACUAUACGAGCUCAUUCGCAAACAGAGAACGACAAUCAAUGUUCAGGGUGCCGUCGCAAACCAGAAGUUGUACCAUAUGGUUGACGGACCUGAGGCGGACGCCCGGGAUGAAGCAUUCCUUCACGUGGAUUGGGAGAAUCCCGAUCAUGAUUUCCCAUUUGGAUGGGGUAAUGUGGGAUAUCUCAAGCGUUUGAUGGCUUUCAAUGCGACUGUCGAUGCAGGUCAGCAGUUUGAUGAGUGGGUAGCGAAAAUAGGAAAGUAA